AAUGGUCAUGUUAGCAGUUCUUCCCAUUUCUGCUCCCAUUUGAGCGAUCAAAGUAAGAAGCAUCACUCUGUUGCGUAUUCUCUAAGUGGGUAAAAAAAAAAUAAAUAAAUAAAAUGGCCUACCACUGGUGAUAAUCGCUCGACGGCUGUGAUAAACAGUUGGCACCCACGAAAUGGAUCUGCGUUCGGGGGGUGGAACAAAAGGGAGACAAAAAAAUGGUACCCUCGGGUUGGAAGUAUCCUCGCGGGUGUGAUGCCUAUGUGGUGACUACCGUAUAGGGAGUCCUACUCACUCCUCUUUCUCCUUGUCCUUAACCGACAUGCAGGAGCAGCAGUCUUCUACAAUUACGCACCUACCUGUGCAUUGAUACGUCUGUGCAUCCGAACGAGCGUUUUAAGCGACGAGCGAAUGCACGUAUGGGGGCAUACCCCCUCUUCAAUUAGCAUGCUGGGCAGUAUGCUCUCCUUCGUGUGGGUACCUAUCCAAUUGUGCGAAUAGCCAACCAUGGGCACGCCGCAAAUGAGCAAGCAGGCUUCUCCCAUGCAGAUGAACAACGUUGAGUUUGUGGGUGACAAGGGGGUUGAAGAACUCCUUAGUAAGAUAAGCGCAAAUUAUGAGGAGUGUACAAAGUAUGACGCGUAUAUGGCGCAGGAUGACGCGGAAGAGGAGGAGGAUGAGGAGGCUGGGGAGAAGGGACAUGCGUCGAUGGGGGGAAGUUUCCAAAAUGUGAAGGCGGGAAGAGGGACAAAAAUGGCAAAUGCAGAAAAGUUGGGAAAGAGCGAAAGGGCCAAUUCGAACAGUCGUGCGAAUGGGGAGACUCAUAAGGGGAGCAAUAACGCUGUGAUGGACAACCUUAGGGAUUUUAUUUUUAAAAAAAAGAUGACUAACGAUAGGCAGAGUGGGAAGGCGGCGAGUUUUGGGAAGCCCGGCCGGAACGUUUUCACCAAUUUGAACGUCAGGAAGAAACGAAUAAUGGAGAGCAGCGAGGAGUCAGACGAGAACUGCCACUCGGUGAAGAAAAUUAUUGACUACGUUAAGAAGAAGAAAAAGCAGCGGAAGGGAUGACCUGCUGGGGGAGAGGUGGGCCACUUCGAGGUGGUUUUCCCCCCCGUUGCUGUGCGCAGCGAAGGGGAGUCCCACAGACAGCACGAGGGUGAACACGUUUCGUAGGAUGUCUCGUAGAGCAUUCUCCGCAAGUGGGUAUAUAGCGCAUAUAGCGCAUAUGGCGCAUAUGGCGCAUGUGAAACUUUUCCCCCCCUGCAUCGAAUAUUUUUUCCUUUUUUUUUGUAAAACAUGUACGCACAAAUUGGCGUUUCCAUUUCGCGCUU